CCGCAAUCCACCAUUUGACACCAGCUCGUCCAUCACACUCAUUGCCUACGACUGGAUCUUUUGCGAGAAGACGGAAAGUUAAUCGAAUCUAUUCAUUAGAUAGCCAAGGAGACAGUAACACUAGACUCAUGGCGGGCUACGGCGGAUAUGGUGGUGGCGAUGGCGGUGGCUUCAUGUCCGGAUCCCAACAAGGUGGUAGUCAAGCCGGUGGCUCCAAGUACGCCGACGAGUCCCUCCGCCCCGUAACCAUAAAACAGCUUCUCGAUUGGGAAGAGACCUUCCCCGGCGCCGAGCUUGCCAUCGACGGCCACCCAGUAACCCAAGUGACCAUUGUGGGCCAAGUGCGCUCGGUCAAGCCGCAACCGACUAACAUCACGUACCGGAUUGAUGACGGCACGGGAGCCAUCGACGUCAAGAAGUGGGUCGAUUCGGAAGCGCAAGGCGGCGAGGACGGUGGCAGCGGUGCCGGCACGAUCGCGCCCGACGCCUUCGUGCGCGUGUGGGGCCGUCUCAAGUCUCUCGGCGGCAAGAAACACGUAAGCGCCAACUUCAUACGCCAGAUUGAGGAUUUCAACGAGGUCAACUACCACCUGCUUGAGGCGACGUAUGUGCAUCUGUUCUUUACCAAGGGAGCUCCUGGUAGUGGUGGUGGUGCCAAACAAGAAGGUGGCGGAGGGGACAACAUGUUUGUGGAUCAGGGAUACGGAGCAGGAGGCGGCGAUGUUGCUAUGGGCGGCGCUGGCCCCGGUGGAGGAAACAGUGCGAUGCAGGCGAGAUUGGCGACGUGCUCAAGGAACGCGCAGAUCAUGUGCAAUUUCAUCAAUAACUCGCCUGGCGGGACGGAGGGUGUCAAUUUGCAUGUGAUUGCGCAGGGCACAAGAAUGUCGGUUAGAGAUAUCACAAAUGCGGCGGAUGAGUUGCUGGGGCAGGGUAUUAUUUACACUACGCAGGAUGAUGAGACGUGGGCCAUUCUGGAUUAUUAGUUCAGAGAGCUCGGCUUUAGGUGAGUUUAACGUGUGUGGUUGGGAAUGGGGGAGGCAGAGCAAGCGGUACUGGCAAGCCAUGCUUGAAAUACCACCGGAGGAGGAAGGGAUGAGAAAGGCUCAGGAAAAAGUGUUGAAGAGGAUCAUGUUUUUUCUUUUCUUUUUUUUCUUUUUUUCGGUCCACCUAUCUGGACGAGGAAACGAACGGCGCCUCAAGGCUUAACGUUUCACAAGAAUGGACCGGAAUGGAUGGUUUCUUUUUUUUAGUUUUCAUGUUUGGUUUUGCGAUUCUGCGUCUGUUAAGAUGAAGAGAAUAUACCCGAGUCAAUUUUGAGGUAGAGAAGGG